CGGAAGUCACCUGACAAAAAUGAAACCGAAAGCACAGCAGUAGUAACUGAAGACGUCUUUUCAGAAGAUUCAGAAACAGAAAUGUCUUCACAAGUCACGGUCUGAAAUCAAGGAGGAAGAUAUGUAUGUAAAAUGAGUGUGUCUGAGGAGAGAGAAGAGGAGAACCGGACCUGUAAAAUGAGUGUGUAUGAGGAGAGAGAGGAGGACUCAGUUCACACUCAGAGAGCAGCAUCUCCAGUAUCCAGCUGUGUGUCUAUGAGGAGUACCCACUCCAUGCAUGAGCCCCCGAUGUUUAGUAAUGGACCUUCUUCAGGAUUUAGUAGUGUGUCUAUGAGGAGUAACCACUCCAUGCAUGAGCCCCCAAUGUUUAGUAAAGAACCUUCUUCAGGAUUUAGUAGUGUGUCUAUGAGGAAUAACUACUCCAUGCAUGAGCCCCCAAUGUUUAGUAAUGGACUUUCUUCAGGAUUUAGUAGUGUGUCUAUGAGGAGUAACUACUCCAUGCAUGAGCCCCCAAUGUUUAGUAAUGGACCUUCUUCAGGAUUCAGUAGUGUGUUUAUGAGGAGUAACUACUCCAUGCAUGAGCCCCCAAUGUUUAGUAAAGAACCUUCUUCAGGAUUCAGUAGUGUGUCUAUGAGGAGUAACCACUCCAUGCAUGAGCCCCCAAUGUUUAGUAAAGAACCUUCUUCAGGAUUCAGUAGUGUGUCUAUGAGGAGUAACUACUCCAUUCAUGAGCCCCCAAUGUUUAGUAAAGAACCAUCUUCAGGAUUCAACUGUGUGUCUAUGAGGAGUAACUACUCCAUGCAUGAUCCCCCAAUGUUCAGUGUUGGACCUGCUGUGACCUCUGACCCUGUGUAAGUAUCAUGUAGUUGCUGAACUAUUGCUGUGUUCACGCCACCUCGUAUUUACCAGAAUCUUGAGAUGACAACACGUGACGUUAUAUUCGGAUUUGUUCACGUCCUUGAACUGGGAAUUAUGUGUUUUCAUGGUACCACUAUCAACGCCUAAAUUAAUCUACAGCGGUCAGGUGGUACAUGUGGGAGCUUUCAGAAAACUCCCAGCUUACAAGCUGUAAUUACGAGCUUUACGAGGACGUGAACACUUUUUACAAGCUAGAAUCUCAUAAAUAUAGCUGCAAGCAGCGAUGGCGGGCCCAAGCCCGGUUGCAUCGCCAACCCGGUGGCUUCAGGGCAACUGUACACAGCGGGCAAUAGGCAUUUAAAGGGGGUAAACAUAAAAGGAUAUUAUAAAAGUUAUUUGAAUACACCACAUUUACUGCAGCAGCUGGUGCCCAUUUGAUCACAAACCACAACAACCACAUCCAUAAGAUAUUGAUGAAUUUAGAUGAAUUUCAUGUCAUAGAAUGUCAUAAGUCAAUUUCAAAUGAGUGCAGAAUAUCAUUCUAAUCUGCCAUGUCUAUGUUUUUCUCAGACAACCUCCAUAAAAAUUCCAGAGCAAAUUAUAUAGUCAUUUGCUCAAACUCCACAGUGUUCUGAGAAAUCUAAUCCAGUCUAAUUGCUGAUGUUGUAUAAUCCUAACACUUCUCUUCAUGUGUUUUUAGACCUCCCUGAACUAUCGUUUGUGCACCAAUCUUAUGCACCAAAAGCAUGCUUUCGUUUAAUUUCAAUAUGUGUGGUAUAAGAAAAAAAUAAAUAAAAAAUUAAUUAAUAGAGCCAAAUCACAGAACCUGCAAAGACGAUUUUAAUAUCAGUCUCAGGUAGUAGUAAGGUACUAUGUCUAGAUUUUUCUGCUCACUUAUGCAAGUUUAUUUUAAACAGCCACUUUUAUCAAAUCAAGUGAAAUUUACUUAAAUAGUGAUUUUUAAUAAAUUUGAAUUAUAUCAAUAAAUAAUUAAUUUAAAGACAUGCGUUGUACAUAAUGUUUGCAAACACAGCACAUGACUUUCUAUAACACCCAUGUCGAGAAAACACACACUCUCCUUUGUAAAAACAAAACAAAAUAAAACAAAGAUUUAAGUCUUGUAUGUUGUAACUCAAAUGACAUUUGAAAAGUAGUCCUGUCAAAAUAGCGAUAUAAUGUCAUGGUCAAAUGAGUGUGAAGAGUGUGAAGUGUGAAGAGGCAACAAAUUGCCUGUGAAGUUAUCAUUUGCAGUUCAAUAUUUCUAUAAGUUCAUCAAAAAAUUUGUAAACACACACACAUACACACACAUGUUUGUACUUCUGUCUUGGUGAGGACAUUGCAUAGACUUCCAUUGAUUUUAAAUCAGGUCAAUGAUAUUUUCUAUCACCUAACCCAAUCCCUACUCCUAAACCAACCCAUCACAGAAACAUGUAACCAUCACUAGAUUUAAAUAAAAACAUAUUUUGGCUGAUUUAUAAGCCUUUUAAAAUAGUGAGGACCAGUCAAAUGUCCUCACUAGUGGGUUGUGAAAGUAUUCCACAACAUAAGUGAGGACAUUUGGUCCUCACAAGUAUAGUCAAAACAAGUACAGCGAGUGACACAGACAGAGACCCCCCCCCCCCACACACACAAGAGUCAGACUGAGGGAGUGAGGGACGAGGGGGAUGGGGACGGGGGUACCACACAGGGUGGGAGAGAGAGGGUGAAAAAAUUCACAUUCAAACCAAUAUAUCGGACUUCCUCUUGGUCAGAGCUAAUGACUUUAAAUUAGAAAGGUUUCCGGCUUAAUGAGAUCAAUGUGUGUACCGAGUUUGGUGACUGUAGGUUAAACUAACCCCCCACUUUUUUCAAAAGGUGGCGCUAUAGAGUCCCUCCUUCCUGCCUGUUUUUGUGGCUUUGCCCAUGUCUACUGGAUGACAAUCCUGACAUAUGAGUCGAGUUUCAUGCAAUUUGAAGCAUGCUAACUGUCUCAAACCCAUCCAAAACAAAUAUUGAAGUUUGAUCUGUUGCUAUGGCAAGAGUGUUUGAAAAAUAUUAAAAAUCUUUUUACAGGUCUUCAUUCGUUAUGUCUUGACAUUAUUCUAAUGAAGUUUGAAGCAAAUUCGGUAAAAAUUUGAGGGUGAUCUUAAAGGAUUUUGAAAGUGACACCCUUCCUGCUGCCAGUUGAUGGCGCUAUAACUUUGACUCACAAUAGUCACAUCCAUGUGAUCGGCUUCCUUCAAUGAGCACACAGCUGAAGUUUCAUAAACAUCAAUCAAUGUAUGCAGAGGUUAUAACACAUUUCCUGUUUACCUUUUCUUGCCAUAAAUUUGUUGCCUCGCCACGGCCAAACCGUUUGAGAUAUCAAAAAUCCACUCGCAAUUUUACAUCCUCAAUUUCUUGACUUCAUUCUGACAGAGUUUGGUGGUGAUCGGAUUAAUCGCCUAGGAGGAGUAUAUCAAAUUCCAGAGCAUGCGUUUUUCAAACAACCCAUAAUAGCUGCUUCCUGUUGAGCCGGCGGAUAACUUAGAGCAUGAAAAUUGUUUGGCCCAAUGAGGUCUAUAUGAGUACAGAGUUUCAUACAAAUACAUGCAAGUGUGUUUGAUAUAAGGACCAAGUUUUCAGACACCAUUCAAGGGGGCGCUGUCGAGCCCCCCUGCCACACCUGGGUCCCAUCCUUUGUGGCAUCCUAAUGGCCGCAGAUUCCAAUGUGUGUGCCAAUUUUCAAGAGUUUUUGAGCAUGUUAAGGCCCCCAAAAAGCCGCGGAAAAAAAAUAAUUCUCCUUAGAAAAACAAAAGGGCCCUUCGCCAUUACAUUGGCUUGGGCCCUAACUACAGGAAUUAUGAGGCCGCGUGAACGCACCUUAUGUGCCAUAGUGAAACUUGGAUGUGAAGUUACUUAAAGGGAUAGUUCACCCGAAAAUUAAAAUUCUGUCAUCAUUUACUCACCCUCAAGAUAUUCCA